AUGUCCAGCGACCCUCCUAACGAUGCCGAGAUUCUCGCUCAUGCCGAGAAGUUCUGGGAGGGGCGCAAGCCUAGCAGUCCCAUCUACCAGUUCCUGCUUGACGACAUCAAGCUGACCUAUGCCUCCAAAGGUGUUGUGCGCGCACAGCUACCGCUUACCAAGAAUCAUGUAAACACGCACGGAAGUAUCCAUGGCUCGGUCUCCGCAACGCUGAUCGACUGGGUUGGUGGCAUAGCCAUUGCUGCUUGGGAUAAUCGGACCAAGACAGGCGUAUCCACGGAUAUUCAUAUCUCGUACCAGAGCGGGGCAAAGGAUGGUGAUACCAUUGAGAUUGAAGGCAGGGCAGGCAAAGUGGGCGGAACCCUUGCCUUUACAACAGCGACGAUAUGGAAGCUUGUCGAUGGCAAGCCAGGCCCUAUCGUUGCAACCGGCUCUCAUACCAAGUUUGUCAAGGUAUGA